CCGUUCAUUCCGCAGCCCAUGUUUUUCUUUUUUGAUUUUCACGUUUUUCUUUUAUCAAGGUGAUCUGUUUAAUUUAAAUUUCUUGAAUUAAGAAAUCAAUAACGGGAAGGUCUACUUAUCAUGGAAGAAACCCUGUAUGAUGUGUGUGUAGUUGGAGCUGGUAUGGUGGGGUCAGCUGCUGCCAAAUGGCUUUGUAAACUGCAACGGGAAACCAAAGUCUGCCUGGUUGGACCUCAAGAACCGACGAAAGAGGAAUGGCAGAAGAGGGAGAUAUUUUCAGCCCACUAUGAUGAAGGACGACUGACCAGAGAGAUGGACGAACAUCUUAUUUGGGCCACUCUAGCUCAGAGGUCAAUUAAACAAUUCAGAGAUAUCGAGAGGGAAAGUGGCAUCAGGAUUUACCAAGAAGUGGGAUGUGCCUUUGUUGACAUCCGAGGCGAAGAUAGCUUGCAAGUUACGAAAGAGAAUGCAGAAAAGACGGGUGUCACGGCCUACAAGGCUUUAGACUCCGUUGGACUUCGAGAACAGUUUCCUUAUCUUCAUAUCGAGCCAAACUGGGAGUUCCUGCUUAACACCGAGAAUGCCGGAUACGUCAGUCCGAGAAAUCUCGUCGCAGCUCAGCAGAAAAUAGCCUCGUCUCACGGCUGUCAAGUCAUCAAUGAAGUUGUUAUCAAAGUUGAUGAAGAUACCGAUGGUGAUUUCGUGAAGGUCCUUUGCCAAAGUGGCCGUCAAGUCUCCGCCAAGCGAGUGCUCCUCUGUACUGGGGCUUUUUCAAAUUACUAUGACUUGUUACCUGGCGAUAAAAAGAUCGAUUUCAGACCUAUGAAAAUUUUCGUAGUUAAACCAGAAGUCAGCGAGGAAUAUGCCAAGAGUCAUGCAGACAUGCCUUGUAUGAUAAGCAAUAUUCCAGGGAAAUUGAGUUAUAUUCUUCCUCCCAUUAAAUACCCCGACGGAAAGUAUUACGUCAAGAUCGGAGGUUAUAAAGUGAUAAAUGUUGCCAGUGGACUUGAAGACAUGGUCGAGUGGUUCCGGAAUGAAGCACAUCAUGAAGAUGAUAAAGACACCAUAUUGGACAUCUUAAAGUUCUUCCUUCCUGAUCUGGCGCCAAUUUCUGUACGAACUGCUCGCUGUGCAAUCUCUCGUACCCCAACUGGGAUGUUAUACUGUGAUAUGAUCUCAACACGCGUUGGAGUAGUGAUGGGUUUGACCGGUAAGGGUGCCAAAUCAAGCGAUGAGAUCGGACGAAUGGCAGCAAAGAUGGUCGCCAAGGGAUCGUGGGACUAUGAUCUUCCCGCUGAACACUUUAAGUUGCGUUUCAAGUCCCCAAAGUCAAACUGAGG